AUGGGCAGCGAUCUAGAUCUGCAAAUUGAGCAGCUCAAGAAAUGCCAACCUCUCUCCGAGACCCAAGUGAAAGAGCUCUGUCUCAAAGCACGCGAGAUCCUCAUCGAAGAAGGCAACGUUCAACACGUCGAUGCUCCCGUUACCAUAUGCGGUGACAUCCACGGUCAAUUCUUCGACCUGAUGGAGCUGUUCAAACAUGGCGGCAUGUGCCCCGAGACAAACUAUCUCUUCAUGGGUGACUUUGUCGAUCGUGGCUUCUACUCCGUCGAGACCUUCCUCCUCCUGCUGGCGCUGAAAGUACGAUACCCAGAUCGGAUCACUUUGAUACGAGGCAACCACGAGUCACGGCAGAUUACGCAGGUGUAUGGCUUCUAUGACGAGUGUGUACGCAAGUAUGGCAGUGUCAAUGUGUGGAGAUAUUGUUGCGAGGUGUUUGACUAUUUAGCGUUGGGUGCCGUCGUUGAUGGAAGGGUCUUUUGCGUUCACGGUGGACUGUCGCCGAACAUUACAACGCUGGAUCAGAUCAGGAGUAUUGAUAGGAAGCAGGAGGUUCCACAUGAUGGUGCUAUGUGCGAUUUGCUUUGGUCUGAUCCAGAUGAUAUUAGCGGUUGGGGAAUGAGUCCUAGAGGUGCAGGGUAUCUAUUCGGAGGCGAUAUCGUCCAGCAAUUUGCCCAUACGAAUGAUUUGGAUCUUAUCGCCAGGGCACAUCAGUUGGUGUUGGAAGGGUACAAGUUGAUGUUCGAUCAGACCAUCGUUACUGUCUGGUCAGCACCGAAUUAUUGUUAUAGGUGCGGGAACGUUGCAUCCAUAUUGAAGCUCGAUGAGGCGUUGAAUCAGAAGUACGAGACUUUUGAUGCAGCCGCUCAGGAAGCUCAUGGUGUACCGGCAAAGAGACCGGCUCCUGAGUACUUCUUGUAG